CUAUCCUAGCCCGGCGCUUUGUUAGUGUUAUAACAUCGUUUUUUGCAGAGUGCAUGUUAAGUGAAUAAUAAGGCAUUUUGUAUAGCUGAAGUAAUGGCUGAAGAGAGCGUGUCCAUUACGGAGAUGAUGGAGGAUGAGGAGCUGAAGGAAGCUCUGGCUGUGCUGGCUGGCAGUGAUCCUGACAACUGUUCUUAUUCUCAGGGUUAUGUAAAAAGACAAGCAGUGUUUGCCUGCAGUACUUGCACAGGUGAAGGCAUGGAGCCAGCUGGAGUCUGCCUCGCCUGUGCUAACACCUGUCACGAUGGCCAUCAAAUAUAUGAACUAUAUACCAAAAGAACCUUUCGCUGUGAUUGUGGGAAUGUGAAGUUUGGCUCAUUGAAAUGCAAACUUAAUCCAGAAAAAGAUGGACAAAACAUCAAGAACCUUUAUAAUCAUAAUUUCUUUGGCCGUUACUGCUCCUGCGACAGACCUUACCCUGAUGAUGAUGAUCAGGUUGGUGAAGAAAUGAUUCAGUGUAUUGUGUGUGAAGACUGGUACCACUCAAGGCACCUGGGUUGUGCACCAGUGGACUCUGAAGAGUUACUGGAGAUGGUGUGUGAGAGUUGUAUGAACAGAGUUCACUUACUUUGGACCUAUGCUGCUUACUUUGCAAUUCCUCCAGUAACGAAAGUGAGUGUCUGUAAAGAGGAUGAGGGUGUGAGUGGGGGAGAAAACAUAGAAGACAAGAACACGACGUUGCACCCAAGCAGGAGGGUCCAUGAUGAUGUCUCAACAAGUAAAGGCAGUGAAAAUAAACAGGUAAUUAGUAAUGGAACUGUACCUGUAAACCACAAGAGAACACGUGAGGAAAUGGAGAUGAGUACUGCUAAGAGCCAGUCUGAAGUUUCACCUUGUAAACUACGAGAGAUAAAAUCCAAAGGCUUGGUGAGACCCAGGGUCGGGGCAGUGUUCUGGCCGUAUGACUGGCGCUCCAAGCUGUGUACCUGCACAGACUGCAAGAGAGCAUAUGUGGAGGCAGGUGUUCAGUUUCUACUGGAUGAAUCAGACACCGUGCUCGCUUAUGAAAAUAGGGGAAAGACUGAGGCUCUGCUGGAAGGAGACCUUCUCAUGUCCUGCCUCAGUUCCCUUGACCAUGUUCAGCAACUGGAGAUCAUUUACCGGUACAAUGACAUGAAAACAGAGCUACGUGAAUUCCUGCAGCAGUUUGCUGACCAGGGAAAGGUUGUGACGUCUGAGGCCAUCUACACAUUUUUUGAAGAGCUUCAGUCAAAGAAGAAGACGUUCCAGUACUGAUCAGUAUUAUUGCAGCUGAGUUGUAUGGAUUUUUCCUUUUAAAGCAAACUACCACUUAUUAUUUUAAAUAAAGCUGUACAUCAAAAAGAACUUUUGCUGCUACAUGUAGGUGUAUUUGUAAAGAACUGAAUGGCUUAUUUAAAAAGAAGUCCACAUUUCUCAUUUUAGGACUCAAAAGUGAAGCUGAAAUAAAUAGAUGCAGUGGUUGAUGUAGAAAAACUUUGACAUUUGUAAACUUGGUCUCUAUUUCCUGCACCUGUAGCACAGGGGAUUACCACACACAAGAUUGACACAAUCUCCUCUAUUACAA